GGAGGAUGGAAAUUUUCAUGUCCCCAUUUCCAGUCCAUCAAACAAGCCAUUGAUACGAAAGGCUAUGCUUGCACUGCGCAAGCACUACGAUGAGAAGAAAACGGAUCGAUAUUUCAAACCAAUUUUUGUUUCAUUUGGUCCCCUCCACCAUGUAGAAAAUUCUACACUGGACUCGAUAUUGGAAGAAGCUGAGACGUUCAAGCAACGACUCGCGACGAUGUUCAUCCACUAUAGCGGAAGUAAGAAGGAUGAUUUCUACAAAAAGGUCAAGAAGGAGAUAAAAAGCUUGAGGGAGUGCUAUGACCCCAUGGACGUAGCUGGGUGGGGAGAUGAGGAGUUGGCUUGGAUGUUCCUUGUGGAUGGCUGUGCAUUGUUGCAAUUCAUUUUCCUUGAAGUGAAGAAUAAGUGGGAGGAAUUCGGUGGUAAGAAUGAUCAACGCGCCUUUGUGACCCUUGAUGUAUUCUUACUUGAGAACCAACUACCCUUCCAACUCCUUGAGAUAUUGAUAGACUUGUGCAUUAAAGUCUCAAAUGGAGGAGGAGAAAAUCCUCAGGAAGUAUUGAAGGUUUGCAUCGGCCAAUUCAUCAAGGAGAAAUUCUUGAGUUCGGCCGAGCAAAUAUCAGUACCCAUUCAUGCUCAGGUUGAUUCUCAGACUCCUCUUUGUGCUGAGCAGCGACAACAAGAAGAAGAGCCUUUUCAUCUUCUGGCACUGUUGCGAAGUGAACUGAUAGGACAAAGAGUCAAAUCACAAGGGAAGCCGAAAGAUAAAGAUAGUCUUCUGGGGAAACUGAUGAGGAAAUGGUGCCCUUCUGGUAAUAAAAGCAGAAAAUUGCCCACAUUUCGCAACGUAAAGGAGCUGAAAGCCAAGGGUGUUCGUUUUAAAGCGAAGGAAAAGAUUGAUGGCAUCACAGACAUUGAUUUCAACUACCGUUCUUGCUUGCCAACCCUUAUGCUGGCUCCCAUUUCAGUGGACGACACCACCAUGCCAAUUUUGCUGAACUUGAUAGCAUACGAGAUGUCUUCAGAUUUCAAAAACAAGUUUGAGAUCUCCUCGUACAUAGCAUUUCUCGAAUCCUUGAUCGAUAGUGGGGAGGAUGUGAAGGAACUGAGAGAAGCAGGUGUGCUGUUCAACGGACUUGGAAGCGAUGAAGCUGUGGCAGAGAUGUUCAACAAAAUCAGCGACUACCUGGUGCCGAAUCAUCUGAAGUACAAAGAGUUGAAAGAUCGUAUCCUAGAGCACUGCGACUUAAUAUGGGCCAGUGACGUUGCUUACUUCUAUUACACCCAUUUCAGUAGUCCCUGGAGCUUCUUGGUCUUCCUCGGUGCCGCAGCUGGUCUUGUUAUGACAGGUCUGUCGACUUAUAAUAGCUUCAACUAACAAACUGGCUCCACUGGACGUUUGAUAAUUACUAUUACCAUCCCUACACUACUAAAAUCUUGGGUUUUACCAACAAUAUAUCAGCAACAUGGGAUUGUUUGUUGCUAAAAAUAAGUAUUAGCAACAAGCUUUAGGUUGCUGAAAGUGCUACAGUGUACCAAUUCAUGCAAAAAGCUGCCACACUUUCACCAAUAUACUUCUUGUUGCUGAAAGUUACUUUCAGCAACAUAUACCAUUUUGCUAAUAUUUUCCGGUGAAUGCUUUGCCGUUUGAAUGAGCUGCAUUUUUCAGCAACAAGAGAUAUGUUGCUGAAAAAGUUGCCAACUACUUUAAGUAUUAGCAGCAUAUACCUUGUUGCUGUUGUUGCCUUUUUUUACCAAUCAAACAUCAGCAACAAGGAAUAUAUUGCUGAUAUUGAC